AUGCCCUGGCCACCAUUCCUUAAAAGGGCAUUUGACGUCCAGCAUCCAGCGGACGAGAGUAGGUGGUACGGCCCGUACAACAUGCUCCUCGUCACGCUGUUCCCUGCCGACCAAGGCUUCAUGGUCUCCCCCCAAUUCUCUCCCUACGUAUUCCCUCAUACUGGAGGAGGACUCUCCGUCAAUUUUGUCGUGGUGCUUCUUGUAUUUCAACAUGAAGUUCCCAUGUUCUUCGUUGAGAUCAAACCCCCGCAACACCUCGCUAACAUGUCGAUACGCGAGGCAGCUGAUGCACAGAUGAGAGAGCGAUUCCGCUCUCUCACUGAAAACAUCAAUACACCCAAAUUGUACGGAAUUAGUGUGAUGGGCCCAAGAUUUUGCCUAUACACUUUUGAUGCUACCACCAGUGGAAUCACCCCUCUGGCUAUACCUCGUGCUACCGACAUUGUGAAUGAUGUUGCACCAAAGGCCCGAUGGGACCAUGACAUUCUGUCUGAUGAUGGGGAGGUUGUGCUUAGGGGUGUAGUAGAAGAAGUGAAGUCAAUGGCUGCUGACCUUCUGGACAAAGUGGACUGA